CCACCAGUUUAAACUCGAUGCUGAAUCCGUUUCCAAGGGGCGCAAGUGUUAUUGGUGUACGUCAUUACAUUCCGGUCUGUGUCGCUGAACAGUGCAGUUCCUGUUGUUCGCCUUCACGAAGCAACGUUGACGCUUUACUAGAAUUGUUCUACUCUUGGACAUUGCAUUAGCUUUAGUCGUCCGUCAUCUUAACUCUAGUUGAAGUCUAAAACUACGGUGACUAUGGACAUUCACUCAAGGCUGUGGAGGCUGAAACUUAACGAAGCUCGGUUGAAACAUGAAAAUUAUCCGCGUCCUCAUCCCUCCAUCCAGGGGAAAGCACAGCUGCACAACAUGGCUUACAGCGUCUACAAAGUGAUACCAAGUUCACACCAGAGACACUGUAAAAGAUGUGCCAAGAUCUAUGCCAUUGAUGACGAAGGGUUAGCGGCGGUGGUGGAAGAAUGCUCCUACCAUCCCUUCAGGCUGGGCGGUGGGAGAGCUCCUAGACAUCGUUGCUGUGGGCGGGGACCACAUGGCUUACCCUGCAAAGUGGCAUCUCAGCAUAUCAGCCAAGAUGUUGACCUUGAAAAAUUGGUUGACUUUGUGUCGACCAGAGGAAAUCCUGGAGGGUCCUCGUCUGUCUUCGCCCUUGACUGUGAAAUGGUGUGCACCAAAGCUGGCCUGGAGUUAGCUGCCAUUAGCGUUGUGGACACAGCCUGCAAUGUCGUUUACGAAACGGUGGUUUUGCCUCGUCACCCUAUCAUAGACUACUUGACCGACUACUCCGAUCUGACCGCGGCAGAUUUCAGGGGCAUCACAACAAGGCUCACAGAUGUCCAUACGAGUAUCCUCGGGCUUUUCGGCCAAGACACCCUACUCGUUGGCCAUGGGUUAGAACACGACUUUCUGGCAAUGAAACUCCUCCAUGACAACGUUGUUGAUACGGCUGUUCUUUAUCCCCACACGAAAGGAAAUGGUUUCCGAAAUUCUUUGGCAUAUCUUCAAGAACGCCAUCUUCCACACGUAAGCAGGACAAUCUCGGGACAGCUCAAGUGUAGAGGGGAUGCAGCACUUGCUAUGAAACUAGCCUUAUUGAAGUGUUAAUGGAGUUGGGUUUCAAGUUGGAGAAAAUUUUUGUGACUAUUGCUGAAUUUGUCAAGACAGGUUAAGAUCAAAUAAUCUUAUAGAUAAAAUAUCCUGAUUAGGUCCCAUGAAUUAAUGUAAUCAAAGUAUAAUUUUCAAAAGUAAACACACUUUCUUUAUUAUAUAAUUUUUCAAAAGCAAACACACUUUCUUUAUUAUAUAAUUUUUCAAUAGCAAACUGUCUUUUUUCUUUUAUUGCAUUCAUUUUUUUUUUUUAGAUGAAUGAUACAAGUUCAUUCUGGUAUAAAGGCUAGUCUAGAUUUCUCACUACAGAUUUCGCUCAGAGGCUAAAAUACUUGUAGGAAAAUGCUCUGUGUUUUAGUUAAUAUGAAUAUAAGGGUUUUGAAAAAUGUUUGUUUCCCAGAGUGAAUAUAAAGAUGUGGUUUUUUCUUUUUAAGUGGCUUUUAUCAGGACCUGUCAAAGAAUUUUUUUGUUUUGUUUCACGAGAAAGUAAAGAUUUUAUUCAAAUUAACUUAAUCCAUGCCCAUUGUUUAUUUUUGUCAUUCUUCCAAAUGUUGCAGCCGACUAACAAAACCAUUAAAGUGAAGAAACCAGUAAUUUA